AUACAUACGCUUUGACGACCUGCUGAGCCACAGUAGAAACAAGCCUCCCCAGGUUCUCCAGGUUCGAGGCUCGUUUAGUUGGGGAUAGACACGUCCAUGAAUAUGGGGAAGGUUUAAUCCUUAGGUAAGAUGAAUAGACUAUCAAUUCCUAGUCUAUUUAGUUUCUCCUGCUUGUCCCGGAGUCCCCACCGAGCCGGAGACGCAUCUCGUGGAAGCAGCUCAUCUCAUUCGCGGGUAAGCCCAAUGAAUCGGCCCGAGACGGGGAGAAAGACUCCAAUUCUUGUGUGUCAGACGGCGAUGUCAUGUGAAGCGCGGAAGCCUUGCAUUACUACACAGUAUCACUCGUCGAUGUGCGGUUGCUGUUCACCUGGAAACCCAAAUCCGGUCUGACCCUCAGCUGUACGUUGAUGGUGGUUCUCCGAGAUCGGGUCGCAUGCCGCGUCUUGGUGGCAGAUGAACCCCGAUAGAGGGGUCGCAUACCCCAAGUUGCUAUGGGCUCGC